AUGAUAUCUAAUAUGGAUACCACCGGCAAGGGAAGAAGAACCUGUGGCUGCCACGACCACCGCAACUCCCUUCCUCCCUUGUUUUCUUUCCCGUCGAUCAAACAACCCAAACACCCUCCGAUCACUUCGUGUGCUACUCACCUCCACAGCCAGCAACGAAAAGGGAAAACAGCCGAGAGGAGCACCAGAGCAACCAUAUCGCCAUCACCUUCGAUGCUUCAACCAUCGUCGAGCCUGUCACCGCCUUCAACUCAUUCCCCUUGA